AUGAGGCCUAUUUCUGUGGCUGAGGGCGAAGGAUUCAAAGAAAUGCUGACCACCUUUGAAUCAGGUUACACUGUGCCCUCUAGGCGCCAUUUCACUACUUUGAUGGAGAACAAUUGGGAUCUUGUCUCCUUCAAUUUGACAACACUGCCAGUUGAAGAACGCCACACAGCAGAAAACAUUGCCUCCUGGCUGGAGAAUGUGGCAGAAAAAUGUGAUAUUUCGUUUGAGAAUGUCCUUGCUGUUGUCCAUGACAAUGCACGUAACAUUGUGGCAGCUCUCAGAAUCUUGGAAGAGAGAUUUGGGGUGGUAUCCCAUCGUUGUGCUGGGCAUACACUACAACUUGUAGUCAACCAUGCAAUGGACAACCCUGUGAUUAACAAGGCACUCUCAGCUACACGGUGCCUCGUGAAACGCAUAAAGAAAAGUGAGCCAGCUACCACUAAGCUGAAGCUAAAACAAAAACAGAUGGGCACAGUUGAACAUAAAUUGAUACAGGAUGUAGCAGUCCGUUGGAACAGUUCAUACUAUAUGAUUGAACGUCUUUUAGAGCAGCGAUGGCCAGUGGUUGCGAUACUAUCAGAUCCAGAAAUCACACAGCGCGGAAAGCACUAUCUUGAUCUGAAAAACGAUCAAUGGAUUCUUCUGGAGGAACUGGAAAAGGUGCUCAAGCCCUAUGAGCAAGCCACGGUUUUCCUUAGUGGUCAAUCUUAUGUCACAGCCUCUGUUCUCCCCCCCCUGCUGAAGGUUCUCCUGAAAUCCACCCGAAAUAAAUCAUUUGAUUCUGCUGCCAUGACCUUUUUCCAGAGCAAAGCAGAAGAGGAGAUAUUGUCAAGGUGGCAGGAGGUGUUUGUAUUUCAAGAGGAUGGGAAAAAUGUGUCUCUCAUUGCUGCUGCACUUGAUCCCCGUUUUCGGAAAUUGAAGUUCCUUCCAGCAGAUGAUGCACUCAAACUACAAGUACAAAUACAGACUGUUGCUCUUGAUAUCAGAAGGAAGCAGAGAUUGUUACAGACAGCUGUGGGGCAGGAAGCCUCAGCAAGCUCCCCACCAAAGAAGAGGUCCUGUUCUUUGUUGGACACUUUGUUGGGCACAGGUUCUGAGGGGGAAAACGGCAGUGAAGAAAACAUGGACCAGGAGGAUGGUGAUGGGGACAGAGAGACAGUCAGGAAAGAGGUGUUUUUGUAUUUUGGGGAAAACCCUAUCCCAAGGGAUAAUAACCCCCUUACAUGGUGGAAGGAUAAUGCCAUAAGGUUCCCUGCCCUGUCUGCAGUAGCCAAAUCCUAUUUGUCUAUACCUGCCACAUCAACGCCAUCUGAAAGGCUUUUCUCAGUUGCUGGGAACAUUGUUACUAAAAAAAGGGCAAGCCUGACUCCUGAGCAUGUUGAAAUGCUCACAUUCCUCCACUCCAAUAUAUGA